AUGGUUGCUCUUCAACUAUUUUACGAGGGACGAGCCGGUGAACGCCUGAUCACCAAGCCAGCCAAGUCCCUGUCCAAGGCAUGGAAUAGCAUCAAGUCAACCAAGAACUCCUUUGCCUUCAAUAAGGUCAACCGCGUCCCGGUACCUAAAUAUGACGUGCCUGUUUCUACUCCCGCAUCGUCUGGCGGUCACGCUGUUGCCAUCGUCGCGUGGCCCUCUAGCGCGAGUAUCAUGAUCUCUGCGACUGGUAUCCUUCCGCCUGUCCUCACCUCCACGGAUUCCACCGUGGGAGAGACUGAGGCGCUUGAAGGGCUUGACUAUGCGUACCACGAUCCAGAUGUGCUUGAUAUCAGGAGAAGAGUAUUUGUCUUGGACUUCAUCGAGGCGUUCUUUGCCAGAGACCGCAAAGCAAUGGACAUCCUCAGUCCUAUUCAUGCUACUAAUCGCAUGGUGCCAUUCAAUCAAGACAUGUUCGGUACAACAGUUCUCGAUGCCUUGACGGGCUCCGCCAAUGGAGUUGUACCACGAUCCCAUUUCAAGAAUGAAACAAGCCUCAGUGACUUUAUCGUCCAUGCAAGGCUCGGUGCUGGCGCAAAUGGCGUCGUUUACCGUGUCGAAGACAAGAUUACGAACAAGACCAUGGCGUUGAAAGUCAUCAGGAGGCAGGGCGCGGCUUUAUGCGAUCUCCAGCAAUUUCGAGUUGAGCUGGAUGCUCUGAAGCGGGUCAUAGGUGAUGCUCAUUGUAUGCAAGUCGAGGCAGGCUUUCAGGACGCACGGUGCCUCUAUCUAGCUCUUGCAUUCUAUCCAGGAGGCGAUCUCCAUGACGUUAUUCGCACUUAUCCGCGCCGGAUUCUUCCAGUCGAACAAGCAAGGUUCUACACAGCAGAACUCCUUGUUGGUGUUUAUCAUCUCCACUGUCAAGGAGUCAUCCACAGGGAUAUCAAACCUUCAAAUAUCCUUAUCGACUCCCAUGGUCAUCUCGUAAUCGCAGAUCUAGGAUUAGCCAAGGUCUUCACGCUCGACGAUCCGAAAUCGUUUUCUCCCUACAAUCCCACGGGGACUUUCACUAGCCUAUCGCAAGCACCCUACCUCGCGAGUUCACUCUGCGGUACCGCAGAGUACAUGGCGCCUGAACUUAUCCUAGGUACCAAGUAUGGUUUUGCAAUCGACUUCUGGGCGGUGGGUGUCAUGUUGUAUGAGAUGCUCACUGGAAGGACUCCCUGGGCCACAGUUGACGGCCUUCACAUAGCCGAUGGCAUUGUUGGGUUUGAGCCUUUCUUUGUUAACGAUUUCCAUCAUGAGGCUCAGGAUCUCCUACAUAACAUGCUUCAGAAGGAUGUCAAAAGUAGGCCAUUGUACGAGGCUAUGCUUAACCACCCAUUCUUUGCGUCGAUUGACUGGAAGAAAGUCGAGAAACGGACCCUUCCUCUGCUUUGCAUUCCCGUGGUUGAAGAGAAAGAUACGCCAUCUACAGUUCCCAUGUCGCUUGGCCAAUGUGAACCAUCGAACGACCCGCUGCCCAACUUCAAUUUCAUUUCCCCAGUUUUGAAGCGCGAGCGUCACCGCGCUCAAGCCUUGUGGAGAAUCAAGGGUAAGAAUGGCAUUCAAGUUCUUCAGAAAAUCGCUGCCAAGCUCUUCCGAUCCCGCCCACCGGCACCGGAAAAGAAGGAACAGCAAACCACUGGUCCUGCCUGUGCAACGACUGGGACUACGUUGGUGGACGGCGACGAAAUACGUGCUAAUUGGGCUUCUGGGGCUGCUGAGAUCUCGCGUGCUUCAUCGAACUGGUCGUUUCGGCAUUUCGUGCGUCGUAAUACACCUCUGGGCGAAGGUGUUCCACAACCUCAGCCAUGCGACAAUUAUUCUGGUCCAGUUCCUGUGCGAAGCCUUGAGUCUUUCAUCCGCCGCGUCGACCGAAGAGAGAGGCCUUGUCCGGGGCGAAAGAGUUUACACGUCACCCUGUCGCCUUCUCCCGCUACUCCAUCGCCUAACGCGACCCUUGUUGCAUCUCCCACGCAUCUAUCACCGAAAGGAAUUGGCUCCCCAUCUCGAAGCUCGGGCUUCAAGCGAUGGAUCAGUCGCCUCUGGCAUCCUAUUCCUAGUGCUCAUGUGAUGGUCGGAGAUGAACGUAAGACCCUUGACCUCACUGCCUAGGUGCUGUCGCCGUACCCUCGAGGCCCUUCCCUCUUUUGCUGCUGGUUGUUGUCCUGAACCCUUCUCCUGCCCUGGUUAGGCCCUAUUCCCCUUGAAGCUCUCGGAUCUGCAACCGGUGCCUGUUCUGCUUCCUAUACCCCUGCUUUAUAUCUUUCACCUGCUUUCUUCCCUGUUCUCUUGUCUGCACAGCAUCUCAAUAUUCUCUUUCUCGUACAUCCUAAUUCGUCCUUAGCGCCGAGUGCUGCUGGUUCAUCAAGCGCGACACCACUUCAGCGAA